UUAUAUAAAAGAGGUAGGAAAAAAUAAAUAAAGGUUUAGUGCAUUGGCACAUGGUGCUUUGGGAUGAUGAUUAUGCCAAUACAAUAAACAUAUGGAGAAAAAACUAAUAAUAGAAAUUGCUAAAAAGUGUGUGGCUUCCCUUGGGCUCCAACCACACACCCUUUCCUCGCUCCAUUCCCGUAGGAUGCAUGCAUGUUUCCUCGUGCGUCUGCAUCGUCAGUUUCCUCAUUCCUCUUGCAGACUAGUAGCUAGUGUUCUUCUCGAAUUUGGGACGUCUCCCAAAUCCCAAUGAUUUCCGCUUUUUUUCCCUACAGCGAAUUCUCGAUGUAGGCAUGUAUCGGGGAAGAGGAAGGUGUGAAUCCUUGUUGCCCAGUUUCUCUUUCCCACAUCUCGAUUUCUUUGUUGUUCCUGCUGCGCUCGUGUUUUUAUAUGUAUCUAUCUACAAAGAAGAAUCGAAGAGAUUCAGUACGUAGAUCUUGAUUGAUUUCUGAAAGAAGCCACAAGAGAAAGGAGGCGCCAAAAAACAAGUGGAAGCGAAUUGGAAUCUGCCAGAAUAUAAUUACAUUAGAUUUGAGGGUAUGGGGAAGACACCGAAGAAGAAGAAACUAAGUGAAUCGGGAUCGAGAGGCAGCCCGAGAACCAGCAGGUGCAACUCGAGGAGCAGCCAAUGCAGCGGCGAGCAGAUCAGCUCGCACCCAGCGCCAGCGGUGGACGAGGACGACGCCGUCUUCAUCGGGCUGGCCUCCGAGCUGAAGGAGGAAGGCACGAGGCUAUUCCAGACCAGGGACUACGAGGGGGCGGCGUUCAAGUUCGACAAGGCGAUCAAGCUGUUGCCGCAGGGCCACAACGACGUGGCCUUCCUCCACUGCAACAUCGCGGCAUGCUACAUGCACAUGAACCCCGAGGAGUACCACCGUGCCAUCGACGAGUGCAACUCGGCGCUGGAUGCGUCGCCGGCGUACACGAAGGCGCUGCUCAAGAGGGCUCGGUGUUUCGAGGCACUGGAUAGGCUAGAUCUAGCUUGUAGGGACGCGGAGAAGGCUCUGAGCCUGGAGCCGAACAACGUGACGGCGUCGGAGCUGUACGAGAGCAUCAAGGAGGUGAUGCAGAUGGAGGAGGACGUGUCGUCGCUGGAGAGACAGGUUGCGUCGUCGUCGGUCCACCACGAGCCUGCUGCUGCCAUCAGUAGUCUCGCCAAGGAGAGGAUACAGAGGAGGGUGUCGCGGAAAUUUAGGAACUCAAUCGUGGAGGAGGAGGUGUGGGAGAUGAUUCAGGGGGAGGAAGUGGACGACGAUCAUGGGAAUAACGACGAUGGCCAAGAGGACCAUGCUGGGAGUAACGAGGAUGAUGGCGACAAAGAGAGACACAGCGGCAGUAGUAAUGGGAAGCAUAAUAAUUCAGAGACGCAGGAGAAGCCCUGCAGCCUGCUGCAGCACAGGCACGGGCACCACCCUGAAGAGAAAGAGACGAAAAUCUUCAAGAACGCCGCCGAGCAGUACAGCAAGCAGUGUGGUGCCAGUGCCACGAACGAAGCUGCAGGGCAGCACUCUCCGGGGAGGAGGCAUGGCCAAGAUGAGCAUGAGAAGCAUCUCAACGAGAUCCUGGUGAAAGGCAUCCAGAUGCCUGCUGAGAAGGGAAAGCACACGGCGACGACGACGGCACAGAAUAAUCAAGCCAGCGUCGUGGAGAGGCGUAAUAAGAAGCAUUUUGAGGUGGGCAGCCAUAGCAGGCAUACGACGACGCAGGAAAGAUACGAGAGAUACGCCAACGCCAGCGCCAGCCUGCCGGGGAAGCACUCCUUACUGGACGAAAAGUACAUGCCGCCAGAACGGCAAAUCACCAUCAGGACAUCGAACUACGGUGGUGCUAGAGAAAAGCAUCCAAAACUAUACGCCGGCAGCAGCAGCAGGGAGAACCAUGAGGCUGCCAGAGAGGUGGUGAAGAAGAAGUUCAAGUUCGUUCACGGGGACGACAUAAGGAUCGUCCUAAUCCCCGAGAACUGCAGCCUGUUGCAGGUGAUGGACAUCGCCCGGUACAAGUACAACCCGCACCUCAAGUCGUUCCUUCUCAAGUUCAUGGACAAGGAGGGGGACCUGGUGACCAUCACCUCCACCGAAGAUCUGAGGUGGGUGGAGGACCUCUACCCGCAGGUGCCCGUCCGGCUGCACAUCAAGGAGGUGAGCCCCGAGCGGGAGAUCACCAGGGACCUGGUGAUGCCCCAGCAGCUGUCCUGUCUCCCUGAGCGAGAGCCGAACCUGAACCACUACAGCGCCCACACUACCUCCGACGAGUACGAGUGCGGGAGCUCGAGGAGGGACGACGAGCGGAGUCACCCUCCUUGCGCCACCGACGAGUGGAUGGUGCAGUUCGCUCGCCUGUUCAAGAACCACGCCGGCUUCGACUCCGACGCGUGCGUGGACCUCCGCGACCUCGGCAUCCGGCUCUACUACGAGGCCAUGGAGGACACCAUCACGAGCGAGGAGGCGCAGGAGAUAUUCCAGGCGGCGGAGGCCAAGUUCCAGGAGAUGGCGGCGCUGGCGCUCUUCAACUGGGGCAACAUCCACAUGUCCCGCGCCAGGAAGCGCCUGGUUCUAUCCGAGGACACCUCCAGGGAGUCCAUACUCGCCCAGGUGAAGGCCGCGUACGAGUGGGCCUGCACCGAGUACGUCAAGGCCGGCAGGAAGUUCGAGGACUCCAUAGACGUGAAGCCCGACUUCUACGAGGGCCUCAUCGCGCUCGGGCAGCAGCAGUUCGAGCAGGCCAAGCUCUCGUGGCGCUACGCCGACACGUGCAAGGUGGACAUGGGAACCGAGGUGCUGGAGCUCUUCAACCACGCUGAAGACAACAUGGAGAAGGGGAUGGAGAUGUGGGAAGGGAUCGAGUAUCUGCGAGUCAAAGGGCUGUCCAAGUCGAGGAAGGGGAAGGCGGCCGCGGUGGUGGACAAGCUGGUGGCCCUCAGUGAGCAGGGAAAAGAUCUGUCGCCGGAUGAAGCCUUUGAGCAGGCAUCCAACAUGCGCUCGCAGCUCAACAUCUCGUGGGGCACCAUUCUCUACGAACGCUCCGUUGUGGAAUUCAAGCUGGGGCUUUCUAGCUGGGAGGAAAGCCUUCAGGAGGCCAUUGAGAAGUUUAAGACCGGAGGCGCUUCCGUAGCGGACAUCAGCGUCAUGGUGAAGAACCACUGUGUCAACGGAAACAAUCAAGAAGGAUUAAGCUUCAACAUCGAUGAGAUAGUGCAGGCAUGGAAUGAAAUGUACGAUGCGAAAAAGUUAAAAAACGGUAGCUCCUCUUUCCGGCUCGAACCUAUAUUUCGGAGGAGGCCUUCAAAGCUGCAUAAUAUACUAGAGCACAUGCACUGCACGUGAUCUUGUUCCAAUUAACCAUUGGACUUGGACGCUGUACACUUGGAUAACAAUGUUGAUGCUUAUUUUAUUGUCGUUAUAUAGGUACGGUUAAUCUAUUCUCUCAUCUAUCAGCAAUAGUUUGUGCACUUAUUCCUUAAUAUAAUACGGAAUUUCUUAUA